UGGGGGCAGCAGGUCUGCGAGUCGAAGUGUCGCGGCGGCGCACUUGCAGCAAGAAUCGGGAGGAGCAGGAGACAGCGAGGAUAGGCCCAGGAGCAAUGGCAUCCAAAGAGGAACAAGCAGUAAAAAAUCUCUACAUGGAAAAUGCCAACCAGGAGAAUGAAAACAAGGAUGAAAAGGGGCAGGAUGCUAAUAAAGGAGAGCCUUUCGCCCUCCCUUUGGAAGCUGGUGAAUAUUGUGUACCUAGAGGAAAUCGUAGGAGGUUCCGUGUUAGGCAGCCCAUCUUGCAGUAUAGAUGGGACAUGACUCAGAGGCUUGAAGAACCACAGGCAAGGAUGAGAGAAGAGAAUAUGGAAAGGAUUGGGGAGGAGGUGAGGCAGCUGAUGGAAAAGCUGAGGGAAAAGCAGUUGAGUCAUAGUCUGCGGGCAGUUAGCACUGACCCCCCUCACCAUGACCAUCAUGAUGAGUUUUGCCUUAUGCCUUGAAUCCUGAUGUUUUCCCUGAAGUUAGUAGGGAGACACACCUGCUUCCUAAACUUACA